GAUCUUUGACGAUCAAUUUGAUGCCACCAACGUUGCAUCCUAUGAAUUUUAUCGGCUAUAUGUUCUUUGCACCCAAACAUCAAUCAAACUAAAUCCACCUCUCUCUCUCUCACUCACUCACCUACCUAUUAUUCUUCCAUCAUUGUUCUUCAUCUUCCUUGUCAAGCUCUCGAACAUGGAGGACGAGGAAGCGAAGAAGGAGACCCCGUAUGCCCCUCUCAGCAUCACCACCGAGACCAGAAGGAAGGGAGGGUUCAGGGCUUCGGGAUUUAUCUUCGCCUUGACGGGGCUGGAGAACAUGGGGUUCGUCGCGAACAUGGUGUCACUGGUGCUGUACUUCAUCUAUGUCAUGUACUUCGACUCGUCCAGCAGCUCGAACACACUUACAAAUCUCAUGGGCGCAACCUUUUUGCUCACCCUUGUCGGCGGCUUCAUCUCUGACACCUACCUCAGCAGGCUCAACACCUGCCUCGUCUUCGGUUGUCUUGAAGUCAUAGCGUUGGCAAUGGUGACAAUCCAAGCACGGUCAAAGCACCUCCAGCCCGACUUUUGCGGGGCUGGGAAAUCAAGCUGCAUCACUGGAGGUAAGGCCGUGUACUUUUAUGUGUCGCUGUGCCUGCUGGCCCUUGGAGUUGGCGGCGUGAAAGGAGCCCUGCCAGCCCUUGGGGCUGACCAAUUCAAUGCCAAGGACCCCGUUGAGGCCAAGGCCCUCGCCACCUUCUUCAACUGGCUCACACUCAGCACCACGGUUGGGGCUGCUAUCGGAGUCACCGCUAUCGUGUGGGUCAGCAUGAACAGAGGCUGGUACUGGGGAUUCUUCAUAUCCACAGUUACUGCCUUCAUUGGAUUUCUCGUCCUAGCUAUGGGGAAGCCAUUUUACCGCAUCCAGCCCCGCGGCGAGAGCCCCUUGAUAAGGAUCGUUCAGGUCAUGAAUCUCGCCAUCAAGAACCGGAAGUUGACGCUCCCCAGGAGCCCUGAUGAUUUAUAUGAGAACACUGAUAAGGCAGAGAGAAUCGCACACACCGGGCAAUUCAGUUUCCUAGACAAGGCCGCUAUCGUCCCAAAGGACUCAAAGCCCGAGCCAUGGAAGGUAUGCUCGGUGACUCAAGUCGAGGAGGUGAAGAUCCUGAUGAGGAUGCUUCCCGUCUUAGCUAGCACAAUCCUACUGAACACGUGCAUGGCCCAGCUCCAAACCUUCUCAGUCCAGCAGGGCCGGUUCAUGGAUCCGCAGCUCGGGCGCCUCAAUGUCCCGACACCUUCGAUCCCCGUCAUCCCGCUUCUCUUUAUGUCGAUCCUAAUCCCUAUCUAUGAGUUCUUCUUCGUCCCAUUUGCCAGAAAGAUAACGGGGCACCCAUCAGGCAUCACUCAGCUCCAGCGCGUUGGAGUCGGUCUAGUCCUUGCUGCAGUCUCAAUGGCCAUUGCCGGGAUCGUGGAGGUGAAGAGACGGGAGAAUUUCCACAAAGGCCAUAAAAUCAGCCUCUUUUGGCUGUCUUUCCAGUACGGGAUAUUCGGGAUCGCCGAUAUGUUCUCUCUGGUAGGAUUACUUCACUUCUUCUAUAAGGAAGCCCCAGUCGGGAUGAGAUCCCUCUCAACUUCGUUCACUUGGUUGUCACUCUCUUUCGGCUACUUCCUCAGUUCCAUCUUCGUUGAUAUCAUCAAUGCCGUGACCAAGAGAGUGACGCACAGCAAGCGUGGAUGGUUGUAUGGUCAAGACAUAAACUCGAACAACCUCAACCUCUUCUACUGGUUCCUAGCUAUCCUCAGCGUACUCAACUUUGGAGCCUACCUCUGUGCUGCUUCGUGGUACAAGUACAGGAAGGAAGAAGCCGACCCGAUGACUCCAAAACCUUUAGUCUCGGAGUCGGAUCCUAAACUGUCUGAUGUCAAGCCUCUCAUCAUGAACGACAGUGCUCGGAAAGUAGCAAGUAAGACCGAUGAUGCCAGCCCUGCCCCUGCCCUUGCUGAUGAUGCGCCGAAGUCAGAAGACAAGGAGACCGAAAAAAUGGCGGUGGAAGAAAAGGCUGCAGCAUAGGCUGUUAGUAUAUAUCAUUUGACAUCGGAAAAACUACAAGGCAACAUUGCUUCUAUGUUUCGGGUGUGCGUCUUAUGAUUUCUUUUAGCACGAGCAUGAUCUUCGAUUGAUAUAAUGUGUGGCGGUGCCUACAUUUAGCAGCUUAACAACACAAGGUUGAUACUACACUAAAUUUUUGCAUAAGCCUCUGUUGUAAUAAUAUGAUCAGUAUGUAUGAUUUUUGUGUGUAAAAGUAUAUGCCUGCCUUAUUGAUAGAUGAAAGAACAACUAGAGGAUAACUUUUCGAGGGUCGUGAAUUCCUGAAUUCGCGAUCUAGUGA